AUGAGUGACCAGAAAAUUGUCCUGAUAACCGGCUGUGCUAAAGGCGGGAUUGGGUACGAAUACUGCAAAGCGUUUGCAGAACAAAACUGCCUCGUGAUUGCUUCUGAUAUCGCUCAAAGGAUGGAUGACUUAUCUGAGCUACAAGAACAACAGAUAGAAACAUUAGAGCUUGAUGUUUUAUCAGAUAAAAGUGUUUCAUCGGCCGUAAAUGCUAUUAUCUCCAAGCAUGGUCGGAUAGAUGUUUUGAUCAAUAACGCUGGAAUCGGAAGCACGGGCCCACUAGCCGAGCUCCCGCUAGAUGAGAUAAAAAGGGCUUAUGAAAUCAACACUUUAGGACAACUUAGAAUGGUGCAACAAGUUGUGCCUUCCAUGGCUGCCCGAAACAGUGGGAUUAUAGUUAAUGUAGGCAGUGUUGUCGGAAAAGCUCCUACCCCUUGGGCAGGCUCGUAUUGUUCUACCAAAGCAGCGGUUCACGCAAUCACCCACACUCUUCGAUUGGAAUUAAAGCCAUUUGGUAUUAAUGUGGUUUUAGUGAUUCCAGGGGCUAUAAGAUCAAAUUUAGGGAGUCACAACACAGGGAGAUUGUCGAAUUACGAUUGGAAACUCUAUAAAGAUUUUAGCGAAGAUAUAGCCGAGCGCGCUAGAGCUUCACAAGUUGGUAAAUCCACAGAUGCAACAUUAUUCGCACGACAUAUAGCAAAGAAAGUUUUGAGCUUGAACCCACCUAAGCAAAUAGUGUUUGGUCAUAUGACCACUCUAUUCGCCUUUCUUUCCGUCUCCCCACUUUGGGUUAGAGAUCUUUUCUUCACAAAACGGUUCAAUCUAGUCAAGAAAGUGUGA